AAGCGCAUCCGCGUCUCCUGACUUGCAGUGGUGUGUGUGUUGUGCGUUUGAAGUCUGCUUCCUCCUGUCAAUACACCACUUCAAUGUAGUAGGCUGUUACUGAGAUGCAAUGGGGAUCCUGUGAUCAUGGAUAAACAUCGAAUGGUUUUAUCGUUAUUGGUCCUGGCUGCUUCUUUUGGACUAUAUGAUGCCCUGUUGUGUAACUGCACCAAUGCUGACUGCGAGAAGCAGGGCUACCAGUGCCAGACGGACGGGGCGUGCAUGGCCUCCACCUCUGUCAUCGAGGGCGUGGAGCAGCGCGUGCGCGCCUGCAUCCCCCGCGACCAGCUGGUGCCCCCCGGCCAGCCCUUCUACUGCCUGAGUGCCGAGGGCUACCUUAACACCCACUGCUGCUACUCCGACUACUGCAACAGCAUGGACCUGCAGGUGCACCCAGUGACAGCCUGGCCGCCUCUGAGUUACACUGAGGGCUGGGGUCCGGUGGAGGUGGCGGCGGCGGUGGCGGGACCGGUGUUCCUGCUGUGUGUGGUGCUGCUACUGGCCCGCUUCCUCUUCCAGCACCACCAGAGGGCCUACGGGCACCGGCACCGGCUGGACGUGGAGGACCCCAGCACUGAGCACCUCUACCUGGCCAAGGACAAGACCCUGCAGGAUCUCAUCUACGACCUCUCCACGUCAGGCUCAGGAUCGGGUCUCCCUCUGUUUGUACAGAGGACGGUGGCACGGACCAUCGUGCUUCAGGAGAUCAUCGGGAAGGGCCGCUUUGGCGAGGUGUGGCGGGGGAGGUGGCGAGGCGGCGACGUGGCCGUGAAGAUCUUCUCCUCCCGAGAGGAGCGCUCCUGGUUCCGCGAGGCCGAGAUCUACCAGACCAUCAUGCUCCGCCACGAGAACAUCCUGGGCUUCAUCGCCGCCGACAACAAGGAUAAUGGCACGUGGACUCAGUUGUGGCUGGUGUCGGACUACCAUGAGUAUGGUUCUCUGUUCGACUUCUUGAACCGCUACUCGGUCACCAUCGAGGGCAUGAUCAAGCUGGCCUUGUCUGCAGCCAGUGGCCUGGCGCACCUUCACAUGGAGAUCCUGGGCACGCAGGGCAAGCCAGGCAUUGCUCACCGCGAUCUGAAGUCCAAGAACAUUCUGGUCAAGAAGAACGGCACCUGCGCCAUCGCGGACCUGGGGCUGGCGGUGCGCCACGAGUCCAUCACAGAUACCAUCGACAUCGCACCCAACCAGCGGGUCGGCACCAAGAGGUACAUGGCCCCAGAGGUGCUGGAUGAGACCAUCAACAUGCGACACUUUGACUCCUUCAAGUGCGCCGAUAUCUAUGCCCUGGGGCUGGUGUACUGGGAGAUUGCUCGGCGCUGCAAUGAAGGAGGUAUUCACGAGGAGUAUCAGCUGCCCUACUAUGACUUGGUGCCCUCUGACCCGUCUAUAGAAGACAUGAGAAAGGUCGUGUGUGAUCAGAGAUUACGACCCAACAUUCCCAACUGGUGGCAGAGCUAUGAGGCGCUGCGUGUGAUGGGAAAGAUCAUGCGCGAGUGCUGGUACGCUAACGGAGCGGCGCGCCUCACAGCCCUGCGCAUCAAAAAGACCCUGGCCCAGCUCAGCAUCGAGGAAGACGUCAAAAUCUAAGCGGACUCCGGAAAGAAACAUUUGUGACGAUCCGAGAACUCAGCAAUGAGAGACAACUGUCCUGCUACUGCAAAGUAUCCUGCCAGUCUGAAAAAAAGCCGCCGUCCACAGAUUUGUGACAUGGCCUACCUCACCUUCUUCUGCCAAAACUACUGAGUACUACAGUACCCACAGUCCUCUCCUUUUCCUGCCAGUUGUCCCAUCCUCCACCCCCUAUCUCCAGCCCUUCCUACUAGAAUGGCCGUCGACUGCAACUACUGAUCUUACUACUUUAACUAUUACUUUCAACGGCAACCACUAUUACUAUGCCCCCUAUGUGAAUAUAUGAAUAUAUCAUUAUUUAUGGUGGGUAAAUAUGACUGUAUAUUUGUCAAUUUUUUUCGUAGUUCCCCAAAAACUUGCGUCUAUUUGAAGGUCUACUGAAUUUACUCUUUGCAAUACCUUGACCCGUGGUAAAUAGCUAAUAUUGGCACAGAGGUUCUUUUAGGAUGUUUUUAAAGAACCCUCUAGUGUUUGGAUUCAAUGGGCCCUUUUUUAUGCACACGAGCAGAAGCGUCUGCCCCUCUUCUACUCUCUCCAUCUUUCUCAGCGUGGCUAGUGCUGUUUUUGCAGUUGGUCUGUCGUUUUUUUUCCGUUUUUUUUUCUUCUCUCGGGUUAGUGUUGGGCGCGGGAUGCUGUGGGUCAGAGGUUAGUAGACUAACACCGCUCAGUAGUGAGCACGGCUCAGAGCAGGCCGCUAAUCUGCAGCGCUUAGCCUAAUCUGGAGGCCCGCCGCCACAAACACCCACUCACAAGCAGAGAAGGCAAGGAGGUUGCAAGAAUGAUGGCGGGAGAUUAAAAGGAGGGGCCUCGCGACCAGCACGGACUAGGGCACAAGCUGCCGGCAAAGACUAGCACUUUUCCAUAAAGGACAUACGAUACUGUCUGUAAGCAGACUGGGCACUAAACCUCAUGCAUAGAUGCCUCUUUGUGUAAGUCCUCGAGGACCUCAUAAGUAUUGACCAUAGGAAACUGUAGCCCAAUAUUGAAACCACUCGUCAGAUAACACUGGAGGAUUAAAAAGGUAUAAGUUAAUGAAACAGUCAUAUGUAAACCUUUAAUAGUGGAGGGGUGGGGGGGGGGGGGAUAUUAGUAUGCACUGCAUCAGGUGGGAUAAUGUAGCAUUUGCAGCUGAUGUAAAGUGGCACUGAGUUGGGAGGCGACAAGGUUCCCUGGUGUUGAUUAAUGGCAAUCAGCUGAUGGUUGGCACAACAUUCAGUUUCUGUAGAGCACUUUGAUGAAGCACUGAUGUUCUCACGAGACAGCCAUGAUGUUUUUGUUAGCAUCACACUAGACUGUACUCAACACACUGCACACCAAGGAAUGGUACAUCAAUUAAUAUUAUUGUGUUCAACACUCCCAAUUCUGGAGUCGUCCUUUGACAAGGAUUCAAUUUGGCCAUGGAAUUAAAAUAAAUGUUUGAGGUGAUUCUAGGAAAUGAUUGAGCCGAUUGUAAAGUCAGUCCGACUCUUUGGCCAAGCCUUGUCUAGGAAACCAUUGUAUUUCUUUCUGGAGUGUUACAAUUUGCCCUGAUCAAGAAAGCUGAUGUACAUAACAUUUAUUUUUUAAAGGUACGGCAUUGUAUAUAUAUUUUACCUAAUGAUUUUUUUUGUCUCUGAUACUUAGCUAAGUUAUUAUCACUUGGGAGUUUGUUUGUUUGGAAAUGCUCGUAAGUAAGCCAUUGGCAUCACAAAGGACUUGGUUGGUCCUGAUUAUGCACUGGUCACUGAAGGAGGGAAGGCCCUCUCACUAAGUUCGUCACUGACUAAUGCACAUGGAAGGUUAAAGAGAAACACUGGUAAAUGUCUCGGUGCUUUGGGAAGACAUGAUGGCGUAGAGUUUUAGAUAAUGAUUUACAUGAAGUAUCCAUCAACUACCAUGAUUGACUGCUUUAUUUCACACAAAGGACAAGUUCAGUUCGGUUUUUCCAGAUCAUGAGUAAUGUUGACCUAGGAUCUCUGGGAAGUAGUUGGCCUUGACACAACCAAGUCAAAGUCCUUAUGAGAAUAUAUUGACACAGCACUCCCACUUGAUGUCUGAUUCCUCGGUCCAAGUAGGGGUUAACGACUUAAAGUCGUUAAUAUUGUUGUUAACUGGUUAAUUUGUAACUCGUUAAUGGCUUGUCCGUGCUGACUAACAUAAAAUGCAGCCGGUUGAAUGUGGUGAGCAGAGCAAGUUGAAAUAAAUGUUAGUUAAUGGAUACUCUAAAGCAUUGCUGAGCACUAAGUGGCUCAAGUUAUAGUGUUUGAUUGACUCCUACUGACCAUCAUUUGAACAUGACGGCUACAGGAUUGACGACUAAUUUCGAUCUCAUUUACCCUCAUUGAUAUGCAAGUUGUAAAUAUAUUGAAUGAUUUAUGGUGUUUUUGAGGGUGGCUUUUUGUAUUUAUUGAGUUUUGCUCUUCUCAGAGAAAACUGCAAGUUCACUUCUUGAAAUACAGUAUUUGUAGGUAUGUUUUUUUUUCUCCCCUGCUUAGUGAUGAAUCACAAACUGAAAGGUACGACUACUGCUGAGCUGAUACUCAUUCCAAUCUGCCAUCCCUUAAUCCUGCCUGAUAUUGACAACCACAGCAAAGCUGUGUGUGGUUAAAGGUUGACACACACGGCAUAAACUCAACUAUUCCAUAUUAUAUUCUCCAAAUCAGAAGUCCCUUCAGCCCACAUGCAGGAGCUUUGUCCCGGGUUGGCAAAUCUAUCCUGCAUCGUUCCCGCGUCAGAAAGAGCUGGGUUUUAAAAUUGCACUGUGGUGUAGCCCGAGGCAUGUGUGCUGUAGAAGAAAAGAAUAUAUGGUUUCAAUUAUUUCAAGAAAUUGUGGAAAAACUGCAUUUUUGUAUUAUGCCACGGUGAAAUAUUUGAUGUCCUGAUACAGCAGACUGUGCAUCUUUAGCGUAACUAAGCCUAGCACAUCAGAGCGAUAACCCAAACCUUUGAUUGGAAGUUAUUUAGCCUCCUGUAGUGAGGAUCCAUGUCGCUUACAUAUUUUAUUAUUGAAUGUCCACUUCUCAUGAAUAUAUACCACUGAAUAGAUCCAACCUUGCAAACACUACUGAGAUCCCCUACACUGUCUGUUUUCUGUUCUUUAAACAUUGGGUGUUAAUUUUAUUUUUGUGUGUGUGUUUAUGUGUAAUGUUUUAAGGGCAGAAGGGUUCUAUGUAUAUAUACAUAGAUUUUCUGAAAUACUGCUGCUAAGGGCUUUUGGGGUAUACAUAGGUAUUUUUGAGUUUCUUGUUUAGAUGUUCCCAUCACUUCCUUGCCCCAUAAGGAAAGAGUAGCACCUCACCUGCCUGUUUUACCCAAAGGUUGUUAAUGCCUGGGUCCUCUUUCCCCCUUGAUCUCUGUUAGCCAUUAGCACAGAUGCCCGUCAGAUCUACUCCUUCUCUCACUCUCUCAACAAUCACUUGUUAAGAUUUACAAUCAUGAAUAUAAACUUUGAAUCAUGACCCUGUACCUGAACGUGUUGUGGGGAUUAGGAUGAAAUCCUGCUGAUAAGCUUUUUUUUCUUCCAAACUUGUAAAUAGGGUAAUAUUAUACAGAAAAUAAAUUCAAUAUUUCCUACUC